AUGCCUAAACAACAAUUUUAUCAGCAACGAUCUAUUCAAGAAGCUCAAGAUGCUGUAAUGGAUUACGAAGAUGAUCAUUACCAAGAAUUGUAUUAUUUAUUGUUCAAUCAAUUAUUAAGUAAUAUUAAAAGAAUAUCAUUCGACAGAAUUAUUCAAGAUAAACUGCAAUAUGGCGAUACUGUACGCAAUAACCAGGAGACACAUUCUCUCGUCUGGCUUUACACAGCUGAUCGGAUGUUCGUUAAACCACUAACAAUAUAUUCAUUUCGUUUUGCUAAUGCAUGUCAUCCCGAAUUGUAUAGAACAUUUGAAACAAAAUCUCAUCAUCUCUUUUCACUUGUAACAUAUCAAAGACAUAAAUACAAUGGAUGGUAUAAAUAUGUGGGACGAGACUUGUUAAACUCUUUAGACGAAUAUUUAAAUAUCGAAAGAGUUGUUCAAAAUCAAAUCCCUCACGAAACAAAAUUAUUUAUCAAUCAAAAACAAGAACGAUUAGAUAUACAAUUUAAUUUCGAUUCUAUCAACGAACGAAUAGCAAUCACUUUUGAACCAGGUUGUCCUGAUCUUCUCAUGCCAUUCUAG